GAUUCUGUCACGGGCCUCAUCAGGCCAAACGCUCACAGCCACAUGUUGCUGAGCAGCGGCCACACCAUGGCAGUCCCACCGGAUUUCUUUGUUCACCCACAGACCGGCAGAGUUUUGCCCAUUGCAGGAAAUGUGGCGUACGAUCCUGUCAGCUCUACCCUGGUGUUCACCACUGAUCUUUGCACAGAUGACAACAGGAAAUGGGACUGCCCCCUCCUUCCCUUCAUUCCUUAUCCAACUUCCUGCCACUCAGACCAGCCUCUGCCCAACACUCGGCUCAGAGGCCUAAGACCAGGUCAGAGUCUGCAAUUUGGUAUUCCCAUGGCCGACCCAGAUACAGGGGUCCCAGUGCCCAUUCUGGCAGUGACCAUCCACCCGCAGACUGGAUUAGUCUACCCACUGGGAAGGGUGCACAUGUGCCCUGUCACCCGCUUGCCACAGCCUAUACAGAUUGGUUAUCCCAUGCUGGACUCCAGGAGUGGGAACGUUGUGCUCACAAUUGGGGUCAGUUUAGAUCCAAUAACAGGAGAUGUUCUUCCAGUAGGUGGAGCUCUACUUACUGAAUCCUUCAUUGAACCUUUGAGUGGGCGGGUGGUGAGAUUAGGAGGGGCCACCAUGCGGGCUGGACAACUGGUGCCUAAUGCGGGGGGAUACCAAACCUUACUAGACAGCAAGGUUCUGGCAGCAAUGUUUCGAUUGUUGGAUCUCCUAAAGCCACUACCUGAGGAGUGGGGAUCAGAUCGAACCUUGCAACAUCUGCAGACCCAUCCAGGCAGUGAAAGAGGCAGCGGUAGACAAGAUCACAUUCUCGCAGCCACCAAGGUGCUCCAACAAGCCUGGGGACAGAGCCUGCACUGCCAGAUACAGCUGCAGACCAGGCUGGACAUCCUGCUGGAGUGGGCUGAGUGUUUACAGCAGGAUGGAGGCAUCCUGGGGGAGAUGCCUCUGUCAGGCACAGAUAUCUGCGCGCCUGCUCUACUGGGGAUGGAGUACCCUGACCCUGCGGGAUCUGGCCUUAGUGUACCUGUGCUUGGGUGUCAGACUGACCUUUUCUCUGGGAAUACAAUACCGUUGGCAGGGACCAUGGAAGACCCAGAUGGAAAAGGCCUUGUGGCGAUCCGUUACGGAGCUCAGACCGUUGACCCCGUGACAAGUCUAUUGGCCCCAGUGGUUGGAGCAAGGCUCGAUGUGUCUAAAAAUAACGUUGUUCCCAUAACAGCUUCCUACUGGCUAAUGAUGACAAACCAAACUGAUAGUGUGCAGGUAGAGGCGCUGCAGAGAGAAAUGUGUGUGCGAAACACUUACUGGCAGCAGCAGAGGCAGCGGGAGGAAGAUAUUCUCACUGAUCUGGACUCGGCUCUUUUCCAGUCACUCUUUAGAGUCGCGGAAGCGAAUUCUUAUCUGGCCCAGUGGUCAGGGAGGCAGCUGAGGGAGGCAGCCGUGGAGCUGCAGGAUUCAGCACAGGCUGAGGCCCAGAGAAGAGCAGCUCGGCACUCCCACUUGGCACUGACGCUGCCUCCUCAUGUAUUACACAUCCUCACACUGGGUGAUGAGGAGGAGUGGGAUCAGCAGUGUUUUUGGCACUCAGAGCUCUUGUCUGGCCUCGAUAAGAUGGACGUGUGUGUCGAUCAGCUGCAACAAGACCAGGAAAAAUGGACGACGCGUGUGGGAGACUGGUCUAUAAACCUCCACCCUAUGGACAGAGAGAUGAGGCAGAGAGAGCUAUGGGAGCAGUGUUGUUCCAGACAGACAGAGUUGGAGGCAGCUCUUAAUGCGCUUCACUAUGUCAGACACCUCUCCCAGCUACGCGCCGACACUGCUCAGGCUCUAUUGUGCGGCAACUUUUGGUUCAAGGAUUACGGUUUGGCCCCGGGCAGUGGACACAGGCUGAAUGUGAAGAUGUUGGGUUCGCUCCAACAGAAGGCGUUGCCUCUGCUGGAGAGACUGAACCAUCUCCUGGAAGAAAAACAGCCGACCAGUUUCUCUCCUAACACCUGUAAUCAGCACAUGUCUGGACUGUCAACAAAACAGCCAUAUGGUAUGGAGAUAGCCUCUAGAGUCUGGACUGCCUCUGUGCCAGUGGUGAAAGGAAUCUCCACCCAGUCUUUGAGGGAGCAUGUCCAUAUAGGACAAUCCCAGGACACUGGUCAGCAAGCCAGCUCAGCGCCGACUCACAACUCACAAAGUCAAACUGCAUCUUCCGGCAUUCACUCUCAGGAGAGUCAACAAAUGAAGGAAUCGGCUCAGCCUACACAUAUGAGUGUCCCUCCUAUUCCAGAGGAGCAGUGGACAAGGCUGGUGGAGCUUUCUCCUCUGUUCCAGAUGUUGAAGGGGGUGGAGCUACAGCUGAAGGACUUGGCCUGUAAAGCCGGGAUUUCUGGAAGAGAGCUUUCUGACAGAGGCGAACGUUUUGUCGACGUCCUUGAUGCUCAGUGGGAAUGUGAGGGAGAGCUGAUCCCUUUGGACGUGUCGACCCUUAAGCCCAGAGAAUUCCUGGUCUACCAGCACGGGCUGUUCCUCAUGCACAUAUUGCAUAAUCUAAAACUGACUCCAGUCAUUUCCCUUCAGAUAGCAGCCAGUCUUCCAAACAACAACUACUCCAACAAUGCCUUCAGAAAUUCCUUCUUUUAUCAGGAAGCAGAGGAGACACUCUACGUUCGUCGCCAGAGGCUCCAAUCAGUUGGAGGUUUCUCGCUCCUGCUACUCCACUGUUUGUCCCAUGUGAAAGUUAACGACAUGAGCUCUGACUCCAGCCCCGCCUUCCAGAGGCUGUUCUUCAAGGCGCUACAGGAAUGUCUAGGCGAGCUGUUUCAGGCCAGACUGGGGCUGCACUUCUCCGAACAGGAAGCCAAUUUGUGUGUUUGGUUUCACAACCAGGAGGCCUCGACGGGGGACUUAAAGGAGAAUUUGUCCGAGCCAUAUGCUGCUGCCCUGCUCCACAGGCUUCACAAACCCAGCAGAGGAUUGCUGUCUGAAGACGAAGCUGAGAAGCUUCAGAGGAAACACAGGGAAGCUUCUUUGUUCUCCCAUCUCGAAGGUCUUUUGAGAGAGCGGAGUUCUGAAGCCGCAGAGAUGGUCAAUGAUCGGACUGGGUAAAUGUUCUGUAUGUAUUUGGUUUUGCCUCCAUUAUUAGGAUGAAUCCAAACCUAUAGAUGAAAGAAAUAUAUAUAUAGAAAAUAGGGGCAGGACGCACCAUAUUGCCAUUAGAUGACAAAGAAACACGCAGGUCUGACUAAUUCUGUUUUUCAUAAUAUACUGGGCUAUAUAAGAUAUCACUAAUCUAGAGCUAGAGUGUAUGAGGUUUAAGGUUUUGAGGUUUUUGUGUGUAACCAUGAACAAAUCUAAACUUAAUAACCUCAUUUCCCCUCAGAGUUUUAUUUCGAUUGAUUAUAUAUGUAGCCUAAUGAUAUGAUAUGUAUUUACUUUUACGUAUAUUGACUCAAAAAGAAAACAUUGUGAACAUUUGGUUUGAUUAUGCCUUUAAAACGCGUCACUGUGAACAUAAUAAACUACUAUAGUUUUGUCUCCAGUCCAUGAA